UUUUUCCAUUUCAAUGUCCUUAGGCUUGGUUCCUUGGAUCACAGGAAUACGACAAGUAGCUGCGGUUCCAAAUGUUUCCAUCAAGGGAUGUCGAUCUAACUUGAUGCUUUCACGCUAUUCGGGUUAACACAUAAGGAAAAAAUAAUAUUAGAGCUUUAGCUAGCCUUGGAUUGAUCGAAUGGUAUCUUCAGAAACUGCGGUGGUUCGUACGCGUGUCUCAAUUUGGGGAAAAAAACGGACAUCUGACUUUUAAUAAACUUCGAUCCCCGCUGAUGCAACUCUCGAGGACUCUACUACGCUGGCACAAUCGCAGUUUCACCAUUGCCACGUGCUGUUGAUAAACAUCCGUGCCUCUCCAUUUCAUCUCCACCUGCUCCAUAGUUCAAAAAAAAUGUUCUUUCUGCUUUCGAUACCCUUACUUUUCAGUUUCCAUAGUCCCUUUACUUGUGCAUAAAUCUGUAAAACACUACUCUGAAACUUCUGCUUCUGUUAGGGACAUAAUGCCACCCUCUCCUCCUAAAUCUCCUUUUAUUAGGUCUUCACCCAAAGAAGCUCAUGAAGAUCGAAGAUUUAAAUGCUAUAGGGGUGUCCGAAAGAGGGCGUGGGGCAAGUGGGUGUCUGAGAUCAGAGUUCCAAAGACUGGAAAACGAAUAUGGCUAGGUUCAUACGAUGCUCCAGAGAAGGCAGCUCGAGCCUAUGAUGCUGCUUUGUUCUGCAUUAGGGGUGAGAAGGGAGUUUUCAAUUUUCCCACUGAUAAAAAGCCGCAGCUUCCAGAAGGUUCUGUCCGGCCUCUGUCCAAGCAUGACAUACAAACAAUAUCAACAAACUAUGCUUCAUCAGUUGUGCAUGUACCUUCCCAUGCCACUACACUCCCGCUAGCAGCCCAGGUUCCCUCUGAAGUUUCUGCUUCCCCUGAUGUAUCUGCUUCUACUGAGAUUACAGAGGUAGUCGAUGAAUAUUAUCUCCCAACCGAUGCAACUGCAGAAUCAAUAUUCUCAGUAGAAGACUUGCAACUUGAAAAUUUCCUCAUGAUGGACAUUGAUUGGAUAAACAAUCUAGUCUGAUGAGUAAACGACGGUUGCAGUUACAUUUAGCUUUAAUAUGGUAACUACCAGUUACUCGUCUCUUUAGCUGCUUCUUGUAAGGCUAUACUUGCAUCCUUGUCUUUGAACUUGUUUCAUUUAGCAUGCAGUUUGUUGUUCUUGUUUUGCAUGUGUAUUCUCUUCUUUUUCCCCCCUCUGCUGGACCUCAUUAGAUGUUGAAUAUGAAUGAAAUGAUUAGGAGUUGGCUUU